AGGCAGGACCUCUACAGCGUGUGCAGCGGCGUCCGCAGUGACAGCAGGUGCCGGCAGCUGGUGUGGUGCUCCUCUCAGCUGCCCAUCAUGGUCAGGGGGCUGCCCAGCACUGCCAGCCUGGCGCGCUUCUGCCAGAGGCUGAACCGGCUGAAGCCACUGGAGGAGUCUACCAUGGAGACGUCACUGCGGCGCUGCCUGUCCACGCUGGACCUGACCCUGCUGGGCGUGGGUGGCAUGGUGGGCUCCGGCCUCUAUGUGCUCACAGGCACUGUGGCAAAGGAGAUGGCCGGCCCCGCGGUGCUCUUGUCCUUCGCGGUGGCCGCCGUGGCCUCCCUGCUGUCAGCCCUGUGUUAUGCAGAGUUUGGGGCCCGGUUGCCCCGCACGGGCUCUGCCUACCUGUUCACCUAUGUGUCCAUGGGUGAGCUGUGGGCCUUCCUCAUCGGCUGGAACGUGCUCCUCGAGUACCUCAUUGGUGGUGCAGCUGUGGCCCGUGCCUGGAGUGGCUACCUGGACUCCAUGUUCAACCACCGCAUCCACAACUUCACCCAGGCCCACAUUGGAACCUGGCAGGUGCCGCUGCUGGCCCACUACCCAGACUUCCUGGCUGCUGGGAUCAUACUUCUGGCCUCCGCCUUCAUCUCCUGUGGAGCCCGAGUUUCCUCCUGGCUCAACCACGCCUUCUCCGUGGUCAGCCUGGUCCUCAUCCUCUUCAUCAUCAUCCUGGGUUUUAUCCUGGCCCGCCCGCACAACUGGAGUGCUGAGGAGGGGGGCUUUGCGCCUUUCGGCUUCUCCGGCAUCAUGGCUGGCACCGCCACCUGCUUCUACGCCUUCGUGGGCUUUGAUGUCAUUGCCGCCUCCAGCGAGGAGGCCAGGAACCCGAAGCGAGCUGUGCCGAUAGCCAUUUCCAUCUCGCUCGGCCUGGCAGCUGGUGCCUACAUCCUUGUCUCCACCGUGCUCACCCUCAUGGUGCCGUGGCACAGCCUGAACCCUGAUUCCGCACUCGCUGACGCCUUCUAUCGGCGGGGCUACAGCUGGGCAGGCUUCAUCGUGGCAGCCGGCUCCAUCUGCGCCAUGAACACUGUCCUGCUCAGCAGCCUCUUCUCCCUGCCACGCAUCGUCUAUGCCAUGGCCGUCGACGGGCUCUUCUUCCAGGUGUUUGCCCGAGUGCACCCCCGGACACAGGUGCCCUUGGCGGGCAUCAUUGUGUUCGGGAGCCUCAUGAGUUUCCUGGCGCUGCUGCUGGACCUUGAGGCACUGGUCCAAUUCCUGUCCAUUGGCACGCUGCUGGCCUACACUUUCGUGGCCACCAGUAUUCUUGUGCUACGCUUCCAGAAGGCCCCUGCAUCCAGUUCCCCAGGCCCAGCCAGCCCUGGCUCCAGGGUCAAAGAGUACCACUCUUUCUCAGACCACAUACAGUUGGUGGGCACCGAGCAGGCCUCAGCCCCCGAGCCUGGGCAGCUGCGGCCAGCUCUGAGGCCCUACCUGGGCUUCCUAGGUAGGUGCAGCCCUGGAGCUGCUGUGGCGUGGGCACUAAGCAUCCUGGUGGCCUCGGCCAUCACCCUGGACUGUGUACUGGUCUUCGGGGACUCAGCCCUGCACCUCCCAUACUGGGGCUACAUCCUGCUGCUUCUGCUUAGCUCCGUCGCAUUUCUGCUCAGCCUCCUCGUCCUGGGGGCCCACCAGCAACAGCGCCAGCAAGACACCUUCCAGAUCCCCAUGGUGCCCCUGACUCCAGCCCUGAGCAUCCUCCUCAACAUCUGCCUCAUGCUGAAGCUAAGCUACCUGACUUGGCUGCGCUUCUCCAUCUGGCUGCUGAUCGGACUUGCCGUGUAUUUUGGCUAUGGCAUCUGGCACAGCAAAGAGAACGAGCGGGAGCCGCCAGAGCUGACCACCACACGCUACGUGGUGUUCCCCAGCACCAGCCUGGAGGAGACGGUGCAGACGGUGCAGCCCACCAGCCAGGUGCCUACCCAGGAGCCCAGCCCCACAGAGCAGCCCACCAGUCCAUGAAUCGAGCUGGAGGCCUGUCCGUGCGCCUUCUGCCCUCCCCCAUGUCCUCAGGAGCCCAGAGGGGCUGGGAGUCCCUUCUAUCUGAACCAGCUCAGGUUUGUAGGCCUGCUCAUGCUGAGGGGUCCUCAAGACCUGGGGGCCUUAGCCCAAGUGCCUAGUUUUGGGUUUGGGGGAGUGGGCCAUGGCCAGUGCUGGUGGGGUGAAUAUUUUGUCCAGCGCCUUCCUGUUCAUGAGCAACUCCAGCUAU